AUGGGCUCUAUACCACCUUGUCCUACGGAGAACGAGCAGUUGAAUAAGCUCUUGAAGAAGCAUUCAGAGCUGAUCUGCAAAGUCAACAACCAGAUACACGACAACCCAGAAGUCGCCUACGAAGAGCACUAUGCGCAUGACACGCUGUGCGACGCCCUAGAGAGGCUUGGAUACAAAGUCACUCGCCAUGUUUAUGGCCUUAAAACAGCUUUUGAGGCUGAGUCGGGCCAAGGUGGUGCGCUGGUCACGUACAACGCCGAGUACGACGCCCUUCCUGGGAUUGGCCACGCAUGUGGACACAACUUGAUUGCUUCAUCCUCGCUUGCCGCCUUCCUGAUCACCGCAGACGCACUGAGAGAAAACGGGGUUGAAGGCCGCGUGAGACUUCUUGGAACGCCUGCUGAGGAGGCCGGAGGUGGCAAGAUUGAUCUCCUGGAAGCUGGCGCGUACAAGGGUGUCGAUGCAUGUCUGAUGGGACAUCCUGAUACUUCAUCCGGAGACCUGAGCGGCGUCAUUCUGGUCAGCACUAUGGCUCGUGCCAGCGCGACUGUGACGUUUCGCGGCGUGAAUGCUCAUGCCGGUUAUUCUCCCUGGAUGGGCAAGAAUGCUCUCGAUGCUGCCGUUGCGGCUUAUACCAACUUGUCGAUGUUGCGGCAGCAGAUCCAGCCAAAUCAACGCCUCCAUGCCAUCAUAUCCCGGGGCGGAGAUAGGCCCAACGUGAUACCACACCUCACAGAGAUGAUGGUCACUGUCCGGGCAGAAACAGAUGCUGAGCUACAGAAAACCUGCAAGCGGGUGAUUGCUUGUUUCGAGGGCGCAGCCACUGCUGCUGGAUGCACCCUUGAAUUUGUCUGGGACAAAACCUACAAAGACCUACAGUGUAGCAAGUCUAUCGCCAAAUGCUUCCAGAACAUGGCUGCUGGGCAGGGACUCAAGUACCAGUUCGCGCCUCCGACUGUGAGCGGGGCCUCGACAGACCAAGGUAACGUCAGUUACGAGCUUCCGAGUCUCCAUCCUAGCUUCACCAUUCCGGUAGACCGUCCGGGGAUUGGGCCGCAUCAACCCGACUUCGCAGAGGCAGCCGGAACUAGCGCAGCAUUCGACGCCGCAAUGAACUUUGGGAAAGCUAUGGCAGCCACCGGGUUGGAGAUUCUACAGGAUAAAGAGCUUCGCGAUGAGAUGUGGGCUGAGCAUAGAAGGGAAUUCGGCGCGAAAGAGAAGAAUUGA